GCCGCGGGCGCCGCCAUGCUGCGUUACGGCGACCCGCGAGCCCUCCUCGGCGCCGCCGCGUACCGCCUCGCCGAGGCCCCGCCCCCAGGAGACGUCACCGCGGCCGCCCCGCGGGCGCCGCCAUGUUGGGGGUCCUCGCCGCGGCCGCGUAGGUGUCUUCAUAAGAUGCCGGCUCGGCGGCGCCCGGCUUUCUCCCCCCAAAAUGGCGUCCAUGCGGGAGAGCGACACGGGCCUGUGGCUGCACAACAAGCUGGGGGCCACGGACGAGCUGUGGGCGCCGCCCAGCAUCGCGUCCCUGCUCACCGCCGCGGUCAUCGACAACAUCCGUCUCUGCUUCCACGGCCUCUCCUCGGCCGUGAAGCUCAAGCUGCUGCUCGGGACGCUGCACCUCCCGCGCCGCACCGUGGACGAGGUUUCAAAACACCGAAGCUGGCGCCGGCUAACGUAGUGCCGCUGCGGUUGUCGGAGGACGCGGCUGCGGUCUGUACCUUCGUGGCUGCGGGUGGAGCCGGCGCACAGAUGAGGGGCGCCCUGGCAGAGAUUAUCCAGCUGGCUACCCUGGACUCGGACCCCUGGGUUCUCAUGGUAGCUGACAUCCUGAAGUCCUUUCCCGACACAGGCUCGCUUAACCUUGACCUCGAAGAGCAGAAUCCCAACGUUCAAGACAUUUUAGGAGAACUUAGAGAAAAGGUGAACGAGUGUGAGGCGUCCGCCAUGCUGCCCCUGGAGUGCCGGUACCUGAACAAAAGCGCCCUGACCACCCUCGCCGGGCCUCUCACGCCCCCGGUGAAACACUUCCAGUUGAAGAGGAAGCCGAAGAGCGCCACGCUGAGGGCAGAGCUGCUGCAGAAAUCCACUGAGACAGCCCAGCAGCUGAAGAGGAGCGCAGGGGUGCCCUUCCAUGCCAAAGGCCGGGGCCUGCUCCGGAAGAUGGACACCACAACCCCACUCAAAGGCAUCCCGAAGCAGGCACCCUUCCGAAGCCCCACCACCCCCAGUGUCUUCAGCCCUGCCGGGAACCGGACCCCCAUCCCGCCUUCGAGGACUCCUCUGCGGAAGGAGAGGGGCGUGAAGCUGCUCGACAUCUCUGAGCUAGAUAUGGUGGGUGCCGGCCGGGAGGCGAAGAGGAGGAGGAAGACGCUGGAUGCGGAGGUGGUGGAAAAGCCAGCCAAGGAGGAGACCAUCGUGGAGAACGCCACCCCGGAUUAUGCAGCUGGCCUGGUGUCCACACAGAAACUUGGGUCCUUGAACAGCGAGCCUGCGCUGCCCUCCACAAGCUACCUGCCUGCCACACCCAGCGCAGUCCCGGCCUCGUCCUACGUCCCCAGCUCUGAGACCCCGGCAGCACCGUCCUCUCGGGAAGCAGGUCUGCAGGCCAGCCGGCCGCCUGAGGAGCCCAGCACUCCCAGCCCCGCGCUGCCAGCACAGUUCAAGCAGAGGGCCCCCAUGUACAACAGCGGCCCGAGCCCUGCUGCCUCUGCGCCUUCAACGCCCACCUCCCCCCUGACGCCCACCACACCCCCAGCUGUCACCCCGGCCGCCCAGACACCUCCAGUGGCCAUGGUGGCCCCACAGACCCAGCCCCCUGCCCAGCAGCAGCCCAAAAAGAACCUGUCCCUCACGAGGGAGCAGAUGUUCGCCGCACAGGAGAUGUUCAAAACAGCCAACAAAGUCACGCGGCCUGAGAAGGCCCUCAUCCUGGGCUUCAUGGCUGGCUCCCGAGAGAACCCAUGCCAGGAGCAGGGCGACGUGAUCCAGAUCAAGCUGAGCGAGCACACGGAGGACCUGCCCAAGUCAGACGGCCAGGGGAGCACCACAAUGCUGGUGGACACCGUGUUCGAGAUGAACUACGCCACGGGCCAGUGGACACGCUUCAAGAAGUACAAGCCCAUGGCCAACGUGUCCUAGAGGCCCCCUGCACACCCACCUUCAUCGUGGGGCUCUGAGGGACGGCCGGCAACUACUGCCAAGCCCCAGCCCAUGGAAGCUUUUAGGUUCAUUUCUUGGGGGUGUUGUGGACUUAUUUUUUAAAUUUUAAUAUGGGUUACCUUUUGUGUGAUUUCAGAUACUUUUUUGGAUUCAAUAUUACAUUUUUGAAUGUUAAAGUUAACCAAAAAAGUUAUAACUUCCUAAUUUUAGCAACAGCUCUGCCUGUUAGACUUUUAUCUUUUUUUUUUUUUUUCUUAAAUUCCAUGGACCAUGAGGGAGGGCUCUUCCUUGCUAGCGUGAUGCUCUCUCUGCCCCGCAAGGUUGAGGUGACCAAAGUGAGGCCCAGUGUAGUUGAGAAUGGGGUGGGGACGGCCUGCCACGUACCCAGAGCGGGGGAUGCCGGGCCACACGCGCUACGUGCAGGUUUUGUAUUUGUCUUUUGUACGGUUGUGAGCAUUGAGACCAGUCUUCUGGUUCCUGUUUUCAUUGUACAAUCUGAGUAAUUAAAGUAUAGCUUUUCUAAAGAAA